AUGCCUCGGCUAUCGCAGGCCUCUAAGGGAGUGGCAGCAGCGAGUGGUGUAGCUGCUACAGCUGGGCUGGUUAGUGGGGUUGGCGUUGGUGCUACAACCGGGCUGGCUGGUGGGGUUGUCGCUGCUGCUAUAGCCAGCUUUGAAGGCAGGGAUGGUGUCGCGGCUACAACCGGGCUGGCUGAUGUGGUUGGCGUUGGUGCUACAGCCGGGCUGGCUGAUGUGACUGGCGCUGCAGCUAUAACCAGUCUGGCAGGUGGGGUUACCGUUGGUGCUACAGGCAGAUUUGCUGGUGGGGAAGAUCGUAUGGGGAAAGCACGGGCAGGUGGUUUGGGCUCGGCACAGGGGGAUGGUGUGGGAAGAGCAAAGCUAAGAGGAGGUACAGGGACACACUGGGGCAGACACAGAAGAGGAAACGCUGCUGGGCGGCACGGGUCGGGCGGAGAGGGUUGUCCCAACCUGCCAGGUGGUGUGUGUGCGAGACGAAGUGGUUGGGAGGAGUGCGGAGCGGCUGGGCUAUUGGGCGCGGAUAGUACUGCUGCUGCUGGUGCUGAUGGGCGAAGAGUAAUAUGUGCACUCCCCGCUUCUCCCUCCCUCUCGUCCUCUUGUAACCCACCCUUCUCGUUGGCGUUCCCCUCUUUAUCACCCACACCAUCCUCCUCACCUUUCAUUUCCUUGUCUAUGUCCUCCCUCUCUUUCUUCACCUCCUUCCCCUCUUCCUCAUCCAUCUCACAAUUCCUCGCAUCCUCCUUCCGCUCUCCCUCCUCUCCACCCUCUAGCUUUCCAUCCUUGGUCUCUCCUCCCUCUUUACCUUCAUCCUCCUCUUUCUCAUCCUUUACGAUUUCCCCCCCUUUGCUCCGACCCUCCUCCUCCUCCUCCUCCUCCUCCUCCUCCUCCUCCUCCUCCUCCUCCUCCUCCUCCUCCUCCUCCUCCUCCUCCUCCUCCUCCUCCUCCUCCUCCUCCUCCUCCUCCUUUACCUCUUCAUAUUCCGAAGCAGGAAUGUGUGGGGCACCCGAAAAAGCUCCAGGCACAGGCCGGCUGCCCCAGUCCGCGGGCAGGUGUGAGAAAUUCGGCCCGAAGUUGAAGCGCACGGUGGCACCCUCUGAUUGGUCGGGCAGCGUGAAGAGGGAAGCUGCCGGGAAGUAUCUGCCCGCUGGAAUGUCUUUAAACGCCGUGCCCUAG